UCUGGGCCCCUUUCAAGACACACACUCUCAGGCGGUUCAAUGAGCUCUUUGUGGGGGGUUGAGGUAUGCGGUGAAAGUGUGUGUGUGUGUGUGAGAAAGAGAGAGAGAGAGUUUGCUUGUUCUGUUAGUACCUAGCGGCUUCAUCAGGACUGGGCACAAAAGGUGUGUGAACAGAAUUACAACAGAGAGAGCAGGAAAACAGGAGGAGGAAAGAAGAGUGUGUGAAAACAGGAGAAAGCAGGGCGAUGCUUAGUGAGUGGUUUUGGUGGGAUCGGCUCUGGUUACCGAGGCCGGUGACAUGGGCGGACCUACAGGACGGUGAGGGGCGUGUCUACGCCCGUGUGUCCCAUUUGUACAUCAUUUUACCUGUAGCAGUCAUGCUGCUAGGCUUAAGAGCUGUUUAUGAAAGACUGAUCGCGGUGCCACUCGCAGAGGCUCUUGGGGUUAAAGACAAAAUUCGCAAGAGAGCGUCACACAACCCUGUAUUGGAAAAAUACUACAAAACACACUCUAAGCAUCCAACACAGGCAGAUAUAAAAGGUCUGUGUAAAAAGUUGGGCUGGUCGGAAAGGCAGGUUGAGCGCUGGUUUCGCAGACGGAGGAACCAAGACAGACCUGGAUUACUGAAGAAAUUCAAAGAAGCCAGUUGGCGGUUUGCCUUUUAUCUGUGUUCGACUUUCGGAGGCGUGCUGGCUUUAUAUGAUAAACCAUGGUUUUAUGAUCUACGGGUAGUGUGGGCAGGAUUUCCCAAACAAUCACUGCUGGACUCUCAAUACUGGUAUUACAUCAUUGAGAUGAGUUUUUAUGGUUCUUUACUGUUCAGUGUGGCUGCAGAUGUAAAACGUAAGGAUUUUAAGGAGCAGUUGAUCCAUCACUGGGCCACGCUAACACUGCUGUCCUUCUCCUGGUGUGCCAACUACAUUCGCAUUGGGACACUGGUCAUGUUGGUGCACGACACAUCUGAUGUCCUACUUGAGUCUGCUAAGAUGUUUAACUAUGCUGGAUGGGAGACGACCUGCAACAGUAUCUUUGUGGUGUUCACUCUGGUCUUCAUGUUAACGAGACUCAUCAUCUUCCCUUUCUGGCUGAUCCACUGUACAUGGGUGUAUCCUCUUGACCUGUUCGAACCCUUUUUCGGCUAUUAUUUCUUCAACGUCAUGCUUGUGGUGCUGCUGUUAUUGCACGUGUUCUGGGCUUCCCUGAUCCUCCGCAUGGUCAAAAAGUUUAUUUUUGGCAAAAUGAAGGGUGAUGAGCGCAGUGAUGAAGAAGAGGAUGAGGAGGUUUCUGAGGAAGACUACACACCCACCUACUCUAAUGGAUCUGGGAAUGGACUGUCUAACGGCCAUUGACACAAAGGGAGAAGUUCCACAAAUAGACACAAACAGCCUUUUGAUGCCAUGCAUGCAUAUAUGUCCAUAUUGGACACACAAUUCAUCUGUGAAUUUUCUUUUUUACAUAGCCUUUCAUAUUAAGGUUUGUAUAUGUACAGAUAUUAUGAUAGAUAAAAAAAAUCAAUACAACUUAAUACUCAAGUUAACAGUUGUUUUUAAACAUUAAUUUAUAAAUUAAAACUUCUUAGCAUGUGCCAAUCCAAAUAGUAGUUAAAACUAUCCAGAUGAACUUUCCUAUGCUCAUCAAGGCUGCAUUUAUUUGAUCAAAAAUACAGUAAAAAUGGUAAUAUUGUGUAAUAUUAUUACAAUUUAAAAUAACUGUUUUCUAUUUGAAUAUAUUUUAAAAUGUAAUUUAUUCCUGUGAUGCAAAGCUGAUUUUCCAGCACCAUUACUCCAGUCUUCAGUGUCACAUGAUCCUGCAGAAAUCAUUCUAAUAUGCUGGAUAUUCUGCUCAAGAAACAUUUAUUAUUAUUAUCAUUAUUAUUAUUAAUGUUGAAAAUAGUUGUACUGCUUAUUUAAAACAGAAAAUAUUUGUAACAAUAUGAAUGUCUUUACU